CGGGCGGCGGGCUCGGUGGCGCUGCGGGGGAUGCGGGGCCCGGGCGCAGCAUGCUGUGGGGGGUGGGCCUGGCGGCGCCCCGCUCCUGCGUGGCGGACCUGAGCCGCAACCGCAGCCUGUCGCUGGGGUGGUGCGCGGGGCCCGAGGAGCCGCCGCCCGCCCUCUAUGGGGGCGAGAUCGUCGCCUUCCCGCUGGCGGGCGGGGGCGCGGGCGGCACCAUGGCGGCGCUGGGCUCCGACUCAUGGUGGAAGAAGACGCUGUACCUGACGGGCGGCGCCCUGCUGGCCGCCGCCGCCUACCUGCUCCACGAGCUGCUGGCCAUACGGAAAGAGCAAGAGCUUGACUCAAAGGAUGCUAUCAUACUGCAUCAGUUUUCAAGGCCUAGUAAUGGUGUUCCAAGUUUAUCUCCGUUCUGUCUGAAAAUGGAAACUUACUUGAGGAUGGCUGAUUUACCCUACCAGAACUAUUUUGAUGGAAAACUUUCCCCUCAAGGGAAAAUGCCUUGGAUUGAAUACAAUCACAAGAAGGUAUCUGGCACUGAGUUCAUUAUUGACUUUUUGGAAGAGAAACUGGGAGUGAAUUUAAAUAAACACCUUGGUCCGCAUGAAAGAGCUGUUUCCAGAGCCGUGACAAAAAUGGUGGAGGAACACUUCUACUGGACUUUAGCUUAUUGCCAGUGGGUGGAAAAUCUUCACGAGACGCAAAAGAUGGUUUCACUUUUUGGCCCCUUCAGCGAUUUGCUGAAGUGGAUCCUCUGCCAUCUGACCAAAGGGAUUGUGAAGCGGGAAAUGUACGGCCAUGGCAUUGGCCGCUUCUCAGAAGAGGAGAUGUACACGCUGAUGGAGAAGGACAUGCGGACUCUAGCAGGCCUCCUGGGUGACAAGAAGUACAUUAUGGGACCAAAUGUUUCCACUGUUGAUGCCACCGUCUUCGGGCAUCUGGCACAGGCAAUGUGGACACUACCAGGGACCCGACCAGAGAGACUAAUCAAAGGUGAACUGAUUAACCUUGCUAUGUAUUGUGAAAGAAUAAGGAGGAAAUUUUGGCCAGAAUGGCACCAUGAUGAUGAUAAUACCCUCUAUGAAUCUGAGGAAAGCAGCGAAGCAAGCAAGACUUACUCCCCUUUGCAGGACUUCAGUUUUUAUUCAAGGACAGAAACAUUUGAUGAGGAAGGGAACAGUAUUUCUCAGACCCCUGACACAGAUUACACUGGACACUCCCUCUUUGAUUCGGAUGUGGACAUGGAUGACUACAGAGAUCAUGAACAAUGCAAGUGAUGCAUACAAGCAUCUCCCAUUUUGCAGACAGGCUGUUUCUUGGGAUCAGUCCGAUUUAUUUUCUCCUCCAGGUCAGGAAGAGGUUUAUACUACUUUG